ACUAUAUUCAUAAGCUAUCAAAAAUGAAAUAUCAUACUCCGUUAUUUGUUAUGUUUUGUUUUGUUGUUUUCACGAUGCCGUCAAUAAUUUCCGCAAAACCGUACAACAAUUCAGUAAGUAGUAGUGUUAGAAUGCCACUCGUUUCCGACGAAUUUAGAGCUCCACUUGUUGUUGACCUGGACGCGUCUGCUUUAAAUGCACAACUGAAGGAUUAUAUUGAUGAAAAUAUUAUUUCUACUUUAACUGAAAAUAUUGAUGACAUCGUUAACAAAAAAAUGCUGGAACUAAAAGACAGUAUGCUUAACGAAUAUUCGUCAAAGCUGGAAAAAUCAAAUACCAGAUAUAGCCACAAUUUAUCAGAGAUGCAUACAGAUUAUGAAAAUAAAUUUUCAGAUCUAUCAGAGAACCAAAGUGAAAAUGUUACCAAGUUCAUUGAAAAUGUUCAGGAAUGGCAAAAUACUAUAAUGCAAUCAAUGAAUGAACAAAGUGAAUAUUUGCAGAAAUCAAAGCUUGUAUACGAGAAUCAGGCAUCUGAAACACUGGGAAAUUAUAAAUAUCACAUAUCCCAAAUAUCUAAAGAUGCCAUUACAAAUGUUACUGAACUUAAAACGGAUAUAGAAGAGUGGAAAAAUGAUGUGGUCGCUGAUCUCAUUAAAGCAGUCACAAAUAAUUUAACACAAUUUGAAACUAAUAGAAUUCAUGAUAUGGACAUGAUUAAAGUAAGACUUGGAUUCCACGAUAUCCUACAAGCCCGUGAAUGUUCAGAUAAUCCCAAGCUAGUUGGUGUUUAUCGUAUUUCACCUGACGAUUCACAAUCGUUUAAAGUGAGAUGUGAGAUAGAAGGCUGGACGGUUAUCCAAAAGCGUUUCAAUGGAGUCACGAAAUUCUACAGAAACUGGCAAGACUAUGAAAACGGAUUUGGUGACCUUAAUGAAGAAUUUUGGUUAGGAAAUAAGUAUAUCGCCAUGCUGACAUCAAGAGGUAACCAUGAGUUAAGGAUUGACCUGGAAGACUGGAAUGGUGAGAAGAAAUACGCUCUCUUUAAAAGUUUUAAAAUUGGUGAUCAAUCCGAUAAAUACAAACUGACUAUUAGUGGGUAUUCGGGAAAUGCAGGUGAUAGUAUGACGUAUCAUAAUGAUAUGCCUUUCUCCACAUACGAUCGGGAUAACGAUACUAGAAAUGAAUUGAACUGCGCAGCUCACAAUACAUUGAAAGGUGCAUGGUGGUAUAAAAGCUGUUGGAGGUCUAGUUUAAACGGAAAAUAUUCAAAUGACUCAUCUUCAGGCGGAAUAAAGUACGAGGAUAUGAAAGGAUCUAGUACACUCAAAAAGUCCUCUAUGAUGAUCAAAAGAACUUAAAAGUGUUCGUUAAUUAUAAUCUAUGAUUUUUUGUUUUUUUUCGUUAGGCUUACUACUGUUUUUAAAACUAAUAACGCAUCGACGGAUUUCUUUAGUAAAGAAAUAUUUAUCU